AUGGCCAGGAUACUGUUUGGGACCUUUGUGCUUCUGAAGCUCUUCACAGCCAGCACAAUCUGUUCAUUUUUUAUUUAUUUAUUUAUUUAUUUAUUUAUUUUACCAGGUCAAGGUUUCUUUCAGAGCCAAAGAGCUGGUGAUUAUGCGCCAUCACUACAUUCAGUCAAAUAUAUUGUGUCUUUGCAAACCUCAAAAGGCCAGCAUUUCUGUGUAGGAUCCCUGGUGCAUAAAUAUUGGGUUCUAACUGCUGCACAUUGUAAAACAGGGGUGGAUCAGAUGAUGAUAGUGGCUGGAGACAACACUCUUGGCAAGUACGAAGGGAUGGAGCAGUAUUCUAAACCGUACUCCAUUACACCCCAUCCACUGUAUAACAAGAGCACCAAUAAUGCAGACAUCAUGCUCAUUAAGCUCCGGGCUCCAAUAAAGCCGAACAGGUACGUCUCCCUGGCUCCUCUUCCCAAACAAAACACAGGAGUGCUGCCUGGCCAGCUGUGUCAGGUGUCCGGUUGGGGUUCCACAAGCCAGGGCAGGGGUGUGAGCCCCCUUGCUCUUCAGUCUGUAACAGUGCCCAGCAUCUCCACAGCUAAGUGUAAUAGCAGCAAGUCCAUCAAUGGAAGCAUUACAAGCAAUAUGAUCUGUGCUGGCUACAGUACUGGAGGCAAGGAUGCAUGCAAGUGGGAUUCUGGAGAGCUGCUUGUGUGUGAUGGCCGACUUUAUGGGCUCGCCUCCUGGGGAAACAGCCGUGGGGAUACCAGGUUUCCAGGAGUCUACACGGCUGUGGCCAGGUUCCGCAGGUGGAUAGACCGUACCAUCUACAGGUCCAUCAUACGAUGUUACAAGUACAGAAAGCCACUGGCCUUGAAAUCCACUUCAAGUGAUGUUUAGUUUAAUAUACAGAAUAUACAGAAUGUCAUCAUUUGGUGUUUUUCUGCUUUGUUGCAUUACAACCUGAAAUUAAAAUGGAUGUUUUUGGGGUUUGUACCAUUUGAUUUACACAACAUGCCUACCACUUUGAAGUAGCAAAAUAUUUUUUAGUGUGACACUAGCAAUAAUUAAGACGAAAAAACAGAAAUCUUGAGUGUGCGUAAGCAUUCACACACAC